AUAGCUAGUAAAUAUCUAAGGCCAGAUCUGAACUUCCCGACUCUAGAUUCAGUACUCUACACAUGGCACCACCCAGCUGCCUCAAUUUGCUUCUGUGUCUGGAAGGGUUAGAGGGAAAUUGGGAAUUGGAAGGGGAUACUCCAAAAGAAGAGAAGGCAAAUACAAUUCUUUUGUAAUUUUACUCAGGGCUAUCCUUAUUCAAGGUUAUAAUUCUUCCUCUAUCUGGUGAUUCCGACAAUCUUUAAAAAAAAUUCUCAUUAGCACAUAUUGGAUCAUUAUUGAAAAUCUGGAUAUACUUUUUCCCCGAUUCAUAAAUAAAUGGUAGGGGAUUAGUUGGAAAUCCCUUUGUUAUGAGUUCAGGCAGAGAGUAAUAGAAAUGUCAUAAUUUUAUGUUAUGAUAUCUUCCUAAAAUCUUCUGGAAUCAUGGGAAUUGUGAUUCCCAUAGAUUCCCUUGCACUCAUAUUCCCUAGGUCCUUUCAGUCAAUCAGAAACCAAUAUAUUUCUCUCCCAAGCUUGGAUAAGACCCUCUGACUUGUAAGAAUGCAACAAGGACUUCCCUAGAGAACGGUUGCUGUGGAACUGGAAUGGGUGUGUCCUCUAGGUAUGUGUGUAUGUGUGUGUGCAUGUGUUUUUAAUAGCUGCUGAAGGAACUUGGGUGAGGGCCUUCUCUUUACCCGCCCAUUUGGGGAGAGAUUAAAGCCACUGAGUUUGGUUGUCCCAUUCUUACUCAUUGAAAACUACAUCUUCACAACCACUGAAGCCUCAGCUUUACAGACAGGACGCAGGAAAGGAUUCUCUGAGAAGAAUAUUCUGUUUGGUGCCACUUAGAUGCCACCAUGUAUUCAGACUGUUUUGAGACCACCAAUGACUACUAUCUCCUCUGUAACACCGAAGAAAGUUGGGGCAUUGUUUUAGAGUCGCUGGCAGCCAUAGGGAUUGUUGUAUCAGUUCUGUUCCUCCUGGCAUUUCUCUGGCUCAUGCACAAAGUUCAAGACUGCAAUCGAUGGUGCAUCCUUCCCACUCAGUUUGUCUUCCUCCUGAGUGUGUUGGGUCUCUUCAGUCUCACCUUUGCCUUCAUCGUCAGACUCAAUCUGCAGACUGGCCCUAUCCGCUACUUUCUCUUUGGUGUCCUCUUUGCUCUCUGUUAUUCCUGCCUUCUGGCCCAUGCUUCUAACCUGGUGAAGUUGGUCCGGGGAAGAGGCUGCUUCUCAUGGCCAAUAUUAUUGGGCAUUGCUAUUGGUUUCAGUCUGUUACAGAUUGUCAUCGCCAUUGAAUACGUCACCCUCAUAAUGAACCGAGGUCCAAUGUUUAUAUAUAUGACCCCUUAUCAACUCAACAUAGAUUUCGUUGCUCUUUUGACCUAUGUCCUCUUCCUGAUGGUCCUAACCUUCUUCAUAUCCAAGGCCAUCUUCUGUGGCCCCUGUGAAGCCUGGAAGUGUCAUGGUACCUAUAUCUUCAUCACUAUGGUCUUCUCAAUUAUUAUCUGGGUGGUGUGGAUCACUAUGCUCUUAAGAGGUAAUCCCCAACUACAACAGCAGCCCAGAUGGGAUGAUCCUGUCAUCUGUAUUGCCCUGGUCACCAACGCCUGGGUCUUCUUACUGAUGUACAUUGUGCCUGAGUUCUACAGUCUCUACUGUUCAUGUAAGCAGGACAAUGCUUUCCAAGCUCCAACAUACCAGCAGAGCUUCAAAAUGGAGACUCAGGAUCUUUCUCGAGCCCGAGACAGUGAUGGAGCUGAGGAAGAUAUAGCACUAACAUCAUGUGGUACCCCUAUUCAAGUACAGGCUGUUGAUCCAAAUCAAGAAUAUUACAUUCCCCGGGCCAAAGUCAACCUCCACCAGAAUACAGGAUUAUAAAGGCACCAAGAAGCAGCAAGGAGAAUUUGGGAGAAAGACAGAAGCUAUCUAAGCAUACAAUUAAUGGGCUGCAAUGAGAUAUCAGCAUUGCAGUUGAAUUUCAAGAAAGCAUCAUGCUAAGGAAGCACCUGCAUCACCUUGCUUCUUUCCUGAUGUUCAAGGAGCCUCUUUAACAGUUCUGCAUGAAAAAAAAUUCAUUUACCUUACAGAAAAAUUACAACAUUGCUGCCUGUUCAUCUUAACUGAGUCUCUUUUUCUUCAUUUAUAUCACUGAGAAAUUCACCUUCCCUAGAAGCAAUUUCUGAUGUAACACUUGGCAUUUGAUUGGUAGAAUUUAAAGCAAAUAUCAGCUAAGCUCACUUAUUUUAUGAAUGAGUAAACAAAGGUGUGGAGAGGGAAAGUGAUUUGACCAUAUGGUCAAUAAGUAGCAGAGUCAGAAAUCAAACCCAAUUCUUCUAACUUCAAAGAUAAUUUUCUUGGCAUUGUGUGAGGUUGCUUUGUCCUGGUAGACCCAGCAUCCUCUUGUCUAAGAGAAUUGUCAUUCUAUUUAUAUGGCAAAAAAGGAGGGUUAGAUUCCACCUCCUAUCUGCUUUUAAUAAUAUGACUCCUGUCUUUAUCCUAAAGGAAUCAUAAUCUGUGCCUAAAAUUUUAAUGGUCUCUAUCAUUCCAUUAGAACUUGGUAAUCCAAACUACACUGGCAUGAAUCUUUAGAAGUCUUAGUCCCAUAGUAUGACUGACUAGUAUAACAGCAGACCUGGAAUAAGGUCAGUGAUUUGUUUGAUGAAUCAGUGACACCAGAAGCAAAGGCAAGCCAAAUUAUACUUACAAAGAACUUUUAAUAGUGAAUAUGAAAUGUCAUCCUGGCUUGGUGUUUCUAACACAUAUGCCUUUGAACUAAUUGUGACUCCUUCAUGAAGUUCACCACAUGUGUAGGAAAUCAACAUGAUUUUGUUGAAAAUUUAUUUCCUUAUUUCAUAUAUAUUUUCAAUAUUCUAUGACAUACCAUGAUCAUAUAGUGCUUUAAGGUUUAAAAAGUGUUUUACUAUACUGUUUCAUGUUAAAUAUAGCAUCGAACACUAAGAAUUAGUUUAUCAAAUAAUCAGUUUACCAGAUAAUUUGAUAUAUUUAAAUUUACUGAGCACUUCCUUAGUGAAAAACUCUUUAGGGGAAAAAUACAAAUAUCUAUAAAUAAAGUAUUAUUACUGUUGCGACCAACUUAAAGUACAGUACAGGUUAACUGGUUGGGUAAAGAAUCUCUGGUCAGAACUUUGGUUCAUUUCAAUUUAACAAAUUUUACUGAGUGUCAUGUUACUUGGCUGUGCUGGACUCUUUUCUAGGUCCUGGAGGGAAUAUCUUAUGGAUAACAUCAGUGAAUUUAUGAUUUCAAACUUCUUCUGGGUAUUCUUUCCAAUAGUAUAAUUCACAACCUAUCCAGGGCUUCUCAUCCUGUGGGAAUGUAGCCACUUGUUCUCUGGCAAAUUUUCUUGGUGAGUUAGAAGGGUAGGGAAAAAAAGAUCAAUCAACAGAGUAGAAGCCUUCCUUGAGAUUUCUUGACAUUAAGUCAACAGAGCUGUCCAGUGGGUACUGUUCUUUUGAUAUGUAACCAUUCUACAUCUUUUUCUGGUUAUUUAUUUAAUUAAUAUUACCUUUUAAAUAUACCUUUUAAUAAUACCUUUUAAAAUACCUCACUUCUCUUGUACAAUCUAUCAGUAACAUGCUAUAAAGUAUUUAUACUAUUACCUAUGUGUUUCUU